AUAAACAUGGGCUGGGCUUCCCCUACAGCCAGUAUUCCCUUUCCCUAUGUCAGAGAAACGAAACCGAAAGCGCAAAGUAAGGAGACUAUAAAUAGGCUGCGGGUAAAGUCGCACAGAUAAAAUAUCCGGCGCUGCUGCUGCUGUAGUGGGCACUGGAAUAUCAGACGCGCGAUAUCCUGCGACUUUCUAUAAUCUGGCCUGAAAAUGCCCCAGAACGACAGUGAAGACGCAAGGGGCAUAUACCUGAUAGAGUGCUUCAGGGCCCGGCUGGUCAGGUACAUCCAGGCGGUACCGGUACUGGACCAUCUCACCUGGCUGGGCCGGGACAUUAGGGAGCAGGUAGUGAGCAAAGCUCAGAAUCAGGGGGAACAGGACGCGGCCAGGCUGCUGUUGGAUCGCAUAGUGAGGGGCCCCAGGGAGCCCGGCUGGUUUGAGGCGUUUGUCCGAGCUCUGAAAGACUCCCAUUGUACCCAGGCUGCAGCCUACCUGUCCGAGGGGCGACCGACCCCCUCCCUGGAAGCCACAUGGGACUACUAUGAGCAGCUGCUUAUUGUCCUCUACCCGGAGCUGAUCGCCAAGAUCGACCCCAAGGAAACGGCGCCUCUUUGUCGUCGAGAGGAAAUCUGCAGCGAUGAAGACGUGAAUGUGAUCAGUAAUGUGACCGAUCAGCACGGGAAUCAGCAAGGAAGCAGGGAACUUCUGAACAGAAUCAUCAAAAAACAGGACUGGUUUUCUAAGUUUUUGACUGUAUUGCGUACAAUGGGUCAGAAUUCGCUCGCUGAUUACCUAACGGGAUCCAACAACGAUGAAAAUGCAGAGAGUAGUGGCGCCAGGCCGACAGUAGAGGGCGCUGAUGAUUCCUCCAGUGUUGCUGACAUUAAAAUGCAGCAUCACGAGCUUGGAAGCCAUGAUGUGAAAUGUGAAAACAAUUUAGCGGAGAGCUCAUUCGCUGGCAGCAAUGCUACGUCCGAUUUGGACACGAGCUCUCCCGAGUUAUACUGUAGCGCAGAUAUUGAAAGCCUCGAGAUCAGCGAUUCAGCAGACGAACAAGAAGAAACAACUGCCAGCAGAGCUUCCCCGGUACCCCAAAUAACACUGAGAAAUUAUCAGAUGGAAGUAGCAAAGCCGGCCUUGGAGGGGAAGAAUAUUAUCAUAUGCCUUCCUACUGGCAGCGGGAAAACUCGAGUGGCGGUAUACAUUACCCGGGAACAUCUAUGCAAACGAAGGGAAGAAGGCCGCCUUGCAAAGGCAAUUGUACUUGUCAACAAGGUGCCUUUAGUGGAGCAGCAUUACCGCCGGGAGUUUUAUCCUUUCCUGAAGGAUCAUUAUCAAGUCACUAAAAUAAGUGGGGAUUCCCAGCUGAAGAACUCAUUCCAUAAGGUUGUUCAGGAACACGAUGUUGUUAUUUGCACGGCCCAGAUACUGGAGAAUUCUCUCAUCCAAGCUGCUGAAGAUGAAGAGGAAGGUGUCCAACUGUCUGAUUUCUCCCUCAUUAUUAUUGAUGAAUGCCAUCACACUCAAAAGGAUGCUGUGUACAAUAAUAUCAUGAUCCGUUAUAUAAAAAAGAAAAUGCAAAACAAACGCAACAGCAAGAUGGAAAAGGCACAGGUUCCACUGCCUCAAAUACUUGGACUUACGGCUUCGCCAGGAGUGGGAGGGGCCAAGAACAUUAAAAAGUCAGAAGAACAUAUUCUGAGGAUAUGCGCAAACAUGGAUGCUUUCAAAAUCAUGACCGUGCAAGAAAAUGCAGAGCAGCUAAGAAAGCAAGUGAAAGAUCCAUACAAGGAGGUCAAGAUUUCAGAUGAAAAGAAGAAGAAUCCAUUCGGAGACAAAUUAAAAGAGAUCAUGGGAAAGAUUGAGGAGUAUAGCAAGCUGUAUCCCACAUCUGACCAUGGAAGUCAGUCUUAUGAGCAAUGGGUUAUUCAGACAGAUAAGACAGCUGCCAAAGAAGGAAAACGCAAGGAACACGUGUGUGCUGAACAUCUAAGGAAGUACAAUGACGCCCUGCAGAUCAAUGACACCAUUCGCAUGACCGACUCCUUAAUACAUCUUAGGAAAUUUUAUGAGGAGGAGAAAAAAAGGAAAAUUCUGUUAAACGAGGGUUCAGAGCACGUGGCGCCAUUGAACAUUGAGGAAACAGACAGAUUUCUUAUUGACUUAUUUUACGACAAUGAAAAGGAACUAACUGCAAUCGCUAAAAAUCCCAAAUAUGAAAAUGAGAAUCUAUACGCACUCAGGUCAUCAUUGCUGGAGGAGUUCACCAGGAACGGCCAAGCCAGAGGCAUCAUCUUCACCAAGACCCGGCAGAGUGCUGUCGCCCUAAACCAGUGGAUCAGCGAUAAUGAGAAAUUCACAGAAGUGGGAAUUCGAUCCAGUUACCUUAUUGGAGCAGGACACAACAGUGAUUUCAAACCAAUGACUCAGAACGAGCAAAAGCAAAUCAUUCAUAAAUUCAGCACAGGAGAACUCAAUCUACUAGUUGCGACAAGCGUUGCGGAAGAAGGUUUGGAUAUCAAGGAGUGCAACGUUGUUAUUCGAUAUGGGCUGGUCACAAAUGAAAUAGCCAUGGUGCAGGCACGAGGCCGAGCCAGAGCCGAUGAUAGCUCCUAUGUGUUAGUGGCACCCAGUUCAUCGGGAGCUAUUGAGCGCGACAGUGUUAAUGUGUAUAAAGAAGAGAUGAUGCACAAAGCUAUUGCCAAAGUACAAAAGAUGGACCGUGCAACUUACAUUGACAAGAUUGAGGAAUUUCAAGCUCAAACCAUAAUGGAAAAAAAAGUGAAGGCAAAGAAGGCAAUUCACAAAGUAUAUCAGAGUAAUCCGUCCCUGGUAACUUUUCACUGCAAGAAGUGCUCCAAGCAAGCCUGCUGUGGAACCGACAUUCAGGUCAUAGCAACCGCUCAUCAUGUUAAUACAACUCCAAAAUUCAAAACCCUCUACAGUAAAGGACCAAAUAAAACGCUGCAAGAGAAAUUUGCAGAUUACCAAAUAAAUGGUGACAUAAUUUGCAAAGAAUGUGGAAAAACAUGGGGGACAACGAUGGUACACAAAGGCAUUGAAGUACCUUGCCUUCAAAUCAGCAAGUUUGUUGUUAAAUAUGAUGACAAGAAAAUGACUAAGGACACCUACAACAAGUGGAGUGAACUGCCCAUCAAGUUCCCGUCUUUUACAUAUUCUCUGCCUGAUAGCGAUGAGGAUGAUGAUUAAAAGAUUUGUUAUUAUUUACUAUCUUACAUUGUACUGGCACGGUCUUCCACCUACUGUCAUCAGACAGUUCUGUGUGCCUCUGCUGGAGCAUGUCUCAAACAUCUAAUAUAUCAAUCCAUGUUCUAAACAUCUAAAAUAUCAAACCAUGUCAUGCAUAAUAAAUAAUGAACAUUUAGCGGGCCUCUGUACCCUUAGCUGGCACUUGCAUUGUGCUUAGUACAAAGGAAACUCUAUACAAGCUAAGGAAAACCUUGGACAGUGAUUCCCUCAAAGCAGUGGAUGGGUACACCAACAAGAAAUCUAUCAAGGUGAAAAAUUUGGACAAAUAAUUAAUUACUGUCUUGGAUGUCUAUAACAGAGUGAAUGUUACAACCUUAGUGCCAUAUAUCUGUGGCACUAUUUUUAGGUAAGGGGGAUGUCAACCAAAUGUUGGCCCAAAAAGGAGGCCUUAAUCAAAAAAAAGUCUUAGGAUCUCUGACCUUUCAAGCUUUCUUUUCUGAUGAUUAUAACACAAUAGGAAGGCAGUGGAUGGUGAUAAUGAAGGGUCUGUGCCAGAGAGCAAGCCAUCAUGAUACAAUAGCAAUGUGGCGAGGCUAGAAUUGCAAGAUGAGCUAGUAACAUUUUUAAAGAAGACAAAAAUACUGAAAAAACCACUGCCUGGUUGCUAAGUCAUAUUAAAAGUUAAUUUUAAGGUGAACAGCCCCUUUCCUUCUGUCUUUAAAGUGAUAGUGGCAAAUUCAAAUUUCAACAGGAACAUGUCACUAUGACUACAUAAAACUUAGCGCUGCUGUUCUUUUCUUAUAGAGAUGUCCCCCUGCUUCCCCAAGCUCACCCCUUAGUAAGCCAUCUUGGUCUAUUGCCUGGCUUGAUGUUGAGCAGCUUCCUGGUUUACAUUGCACUGUAGGGGUGGGGCAAUGUUCUCAUAGGCCGGUUGCACUGUUUAUAUUUGUCCUCAACCUUGCCAUUAAGUUAGUAAGGGGUGAAUGGUGGGAGGCGGGUGGGGGGGCAUUUUCAAGAGGAAAAAAUAGCAUAGUGGGGUAAGGCAUAGGGACACAUUCCUGUUAAAACCUGGAACAUGUAACUAUCCCUUUAAAACUGAUAAAUCAGAAGCAAAUAAAUAAUUUAUGUAUAAUAUUAAAUUAUGUUGCAGUAUGGAAAUUACUGCAAAUGAUUCUACAAUAUGUAACAUAUAUAUAUAUAUAUAUAUAUUUCAUGAUGGCUGGUUUAGGCUAUAACAGGCUUACACAAUUUCUAUUUCAUUGCAACAGCCAUUUGUACAGAUUUUGUUGGACUCUUAGGGACAAUUUUGUCAAAUAUUUUGGGUUUGAUGCCAUUCGAGAACUUUGUGGUUUCUUCCAAUCAGCUGCCACUCAUAGGUGUGAGUAUAAAUAUUUUGAUUAUUAAUUUUCUUGGUACCUAAUUAUCUAGGUCCUGCUGCUUUAGUUCUAGAUUAUUAAUUUUCUUGGUACCUAAUUAUCUAGGUCCUGCUGCUUUAGUUCUAGAUGUAUUUUGUUUAAUAAUGUAAUGUUCAAAAUUGAAAGACGUAUAAAUCAUUUACUUUUGUUAAAUUGAUUUCAGCUUGAAAGAAAAUGACAUCAGCUUCUGUAGCCCCACCUCUAGUAAUCAGGCAGGGACAGUCAACCUGACACAUCCCCAAUGUAAUGCAAUGUCUUUGCACUGACCUUAAAGGAUAUGUAAACCCCCCACACAAAAAUGUAAUCAGGGAACAGCCUCUCUCUCUUUAAAUACCUGCCACUCCUGUUGUUUAAAGAUUAAAAAUAAGGUUGCAGCAUCCCCUUAACCACUAUGGAUUACUUUUCCUCCUGUAACCACUUGGCCCUGAUCCUCAGAAAGUGACUUUGGCUCUUGGCUAACUGAGCAUGCUCAGUUCUUCUCAACUCAGGUUACAAAACACCCCCCCCCCCCAGUCUAGCAGCCAAUAAAGAUAUGGCAUUGCUGGUUUCCAUAGAAACUCUGCUGAAGCUGAGUACUGUGCUGAAAAAAACAUGUUUUUACUCCUAACCUACUGUCCUGAGCUCAGUUUUAUCCUUACCGGCUCAAUUCAAGCAGGACUUUUUAUCAAAGUAAUUUCUGCCUGUGUAAGCCUGCAUUCUUCAUUGCAUGAACCUACAUUUGCAGAUGUAAAUGUCACUGAAGAUGUGGGAGGGGAAAAAUGGCCGCCGGGUGAAAGCUGCUAUUUGUUUUAGAAACAUGAAUUGGUGCUGGCGAACAAAGAGGAUAUAUGCAAUACAAAUGGUGUGGUUUGGAUGGGGAGAUGUACCCAACUUAUAUACAUGGUAGGAAAAUGUAGGGUUUACAUGUCCUUUAAGCAUGCAGCCUGCAGGUUUUACUGUGGAUUAUUAAAUGCAUGAUAUGUAAAACUGUUAAUGUUUAGUAUUAUGUAUUUCUGUUAACUAAGAAAUAAUAAAAAUAAUGAUGACAAGUUUUUUA